AAAUUCUGGGAACAUGGCAAGAGUAUCUUUAAGUUUGACAUUUUCGGUGUUUGAGUGUCAUCACAAAUGGCAGGGUAAACAUGUAACAGCUGAUGACAAGAGUCCAUUGACCCUGGAUUUGUUAUUGGCAGAUAGCGAUGUAUCAGUCAUCAUGGCCAACAACAACAAUAACCAACACCUAGGUACAGACGUGCAAAAUGACUUCACCAAAGCCGCUGCUAACGGGAAUCUGCAGCGACUGCAGGAACUGAGUGAUCAUCAAGAUGUCAACAUCAACGGCCGGAAUAGAUAUGGAAGAAAUGCGAUCCAGGUCAUGACGAUGACCCGACCGGAAGUGGCUGAAUUUCUACUGGGGUUGGGUGCGAAUCCCAACGAGCCAGACCCAGACGUGGGUCGCACGCCACUGCACGACGCUGCCGAACAUGGGCAUCCGGACACCGUUGAGUUGUUACUAAAGUACGGGGCAGACCCCAGGCUGAGGGACAGUGCCAGGGGUAACACACCGGCUCAUCUUGCCGCUGGGGAGGGACGACCUCUUAGGAUUUUAGAAUUGUUGUCGAACGGUUGCACCCUCCGGGAACGGAAUAGCGCUGGACUUACUCCCCACGAUGUGGCAAUAGCCAAUGGUAAUGAGGACGCUGCAGAAUGGAUCGCCAGUUAUCAUAGUUCGGGUAGAGGUGUUCGACUAAUGCAUCUAUGCCGUCUUACCAUUCAUCAAGUGCUUGGUACACAGCGGUUGUGUAGAAUACGGGAACUUAGCAAUUACCCCUUGCCAGAUAUGCUUGUCGACUUUAUAAAAAUGUAUCGGUAAAUUGUAACAGUUUCAAGGAAACAUGAUCGAAAAAAGACAAUAAGUUGGAAGUUGUAAAGAUCUUAGCCUGAUGUCGUACAGGCGCCAUCUUGGAUGUAAACCAUAAUUAUUCUGAAAAAAAAAUGGAAACGAAUAUGGGCAACUUCCAUGGCAUUCUCACAUGUUAAGGGAAUGGGCCACAGGCGCAAAAUCAUUUCUGCAUUUUUUUAUGCGCUGCCCACAGGAUUGGCCAAUGAAAAACAAGGGUGAGGGCUGCUCAAGUUACGUCAUGUGCACAAGUUACUAAUUAAUAAUACUUACACAUUCUCAUGUUUGCAUUAUUUUAGUGGUAAUAGAUUUGAAUUGAGGCUGAGUAGUUGUACAUAAAAUAAAAUAAAAAUUGUAAUAACAAGUUUAAUAAAAGUAUAUUGGUUCAUAGGCGAACAAUAGACGUGCGACCUUACACAAAGAGGACCACUACCUUAACCAUUGCAGUUGUUGUGGGUUUGGUGUUAUACGCCUUGGGUGUAUUUCACUAUAAAACUAAAACCUCAUCGCAAGACAAAAUCACUUAUUACCAUAGUGAUUUGUAUUGUGACACACUUUGCUUAGCAACUACGAUUGGGUUGCAGUUAAGAUAAAACUAGCUCUUUGUGAAAUCGGCCCAAGGUUCUUUGAUUCUUCUGAGAUGCCCAGUAAGGACUAUCUCGACUCGCCCAAUAAGAUGACUUCUUUUAUAAAUGCUGCUCGGACGUUGGUAUGUUGUAUCUUCAAGCCUUGCAGCAUGUACGUCCAAAAGUAAGUCCUAGCUAUAUAAAACAAAAACUAAUUGGUGCUGCCAUAAUAAAGUGUGAGCUAAGCAGAUUAUGUGCGAACGUCAGCCCCAAGGUGGAAACAAAAUAAUUAUAAGUUUUCCAAUACACAACGUAAGAUUGUACUGCGGCCUAUCUCGUGCAAUAAUAGACAGUAAACAUAAUUACUAUAUUAUCUUAGAAUUUUUAAAUAGGUUUUGUAAAUGCAGAAAUGCAAAUGGAAUAGUCGUCAAUAAUAUAAUUAUGACGAAUCAAAGUUAUAACUUAUAAUGUCAUAUUGUAAACAAAAUAGCCAAAGUUAUUUACACAAAAUAAAUGGUAACAAUAAUUGUUUUAUAACAAAUAUAGUCACAGACUUAUUCGGUGUAUGGUCAAAUAUUGAUGUAAUUAUUUAAGUAAUAAACAAGUUAUAUUUGAAUAACACGCCAGUGAUAUAAUCGGAGGCAAUAUUA